AUGUGUGGUAUCUUUGCGGCUUUCAGACAUCCAGAAGUUCAGGCAUACAAGCCAAAGGCUUUACAAUUAUCUAAGAGAAUUAGACACCGUGGUCCAGAUUGGUCCGGUAACGUCGUGCAAAACUCUACCAUUUUGGUGCACGAGAGAUUGGCUAUUGUUGGUUUGGACUCCGGAGCUCAACCAAUCACUUCUGAAGAUGGUAACUUCUCAUUGGCAGUUAACGGUGAGAUUUACAACCACAUUCAAUUGAGAGAGCAGUUCCCAGACUACAAGUACAAGACCCUUUCUGACUGUGAACCUAUCAUUCCUCUGUUCGAAAAAUACGAUGUGGAUGCACCAAAGUACUUGGAUGGUAUGUUCGCUUGGUGUUUGUACGAUGCCAAGAAUGACCGUAUCAUUGCUGCAAGAGACCCAAUCGGUAUCACCACUCUAUACAUGGGUAGAUCAUCAGCUUCUCCAAAAACUGUAUGGUUCUCAAGUGAAUUGAAAUGUUUGACCGAUGACUGUGACGAAAUCGUUGCUUUCCCACCAGGCCAUGUUUACGACUCCGAAACCGACAAGUUGACCAGAUACUUCACUCCAGACUGGUUAGACGAAACAAGAAUCCCAACUACUCCAGUCGAUUUGAAGGCCAUUAGAGAAAGUUUGGAAAAGGCUGUUAGAAAGAGAUUAAUGGCUGAAGUUCCAUACGGUGUCUUGUUGUCCGGUGGUUUGGACUCCUCUUUAAUCGCUUCCAUUGCUGCAAGAGAAACUGAAAAGGCAAAUGCAGAAUUGGAUGCCGCUAAAUACGAUGAAGAUACCAAGCACUUAGCUGGUGUCGACGACCAAGGUCACCUACACGCUGCUGGGUGGUCUAGACUACAUUCUUUCGCUAUCGGUUUGCCAAACGCUCCAGAUUUGCAAGCUGCUCGUAAGGUUGCCAAGUUUAUCGGUUCUAUCCAUCAUGAACACACAUUCACUUUGCAAGAAGGUUUAGACGCUUUGGACGAUGUCAUCUACCAUUUAGAAACAUACGACGUUACAACCAUCCGUGCCUCUACUCCAAUGUUCUUGCUAUCCCGUAAGAUCAAGGCUCAAGGUGUCAAGAUGGUUUUGUCCGGUGAAGGUUCCGACGAAAUCUUUGGUGGUUAUCUAUAUUUCGCCCAAGCUCCAUCUGCUGCCGAAUUCCACACUGAAUCCGUCAAGAGAGUUAAGAACUUGCACUUGGCCGAUUGUUUGCGUGCUAACAAAUCUACUAUGGCCUGGGGUCUAGAAGCUCGUGUUCCAUUCUUGGACAAGGAAUUCCUACAACUGUGUAUGAACAUCGAUCCAAACGACAAGAUGAUCAAGCCAGCUGAAGGCAAAAUCGAAAAGUACAUUCUAAGAAAGGCAUUUGAUACCACAGAUGAACCAGACGUUAAGCCAUACUUGCCAGAAGAAAUCUUGUGGAGACAAAAGGAACAAUUCUCGGACGGUGUCGGUUACUCGUGGAUCGACGGUCUAAAGGACGCUGCUGAAAACGCCAUUUCCGAUGAACAAUUCGCUCAACCAAAGAGCGAAUGGGGUGAUGAUAUUCCAACUACCAAGGAAGCUUACUGGUACAGAUUGAAGUUCGAUGCCCUUUUCCCACAAAAGACAGCCGCUUCUACCGUUAUGAGAUGGAUUCCAAAGGCCGACUGGGGUUGUGCCGAAGAUCCUUCCGGUAGAUACGCUAAGAUUCAUGAACAACAUGUUGAAAAAUAG